UUUACACAAUGUAUCAUAUUUUCACAAUCCUGUGAUAUUUCCACAUUUGCCUCCUCCCCUUCUGUCAGUCCCACUCUUCAGUUUUCAUAAAAGGUCUGUCCCAUUCUCACUAUCCUAAUAUCCUUCUCUCCCAUUCCCACAAUCCAUUAAUCUCAUUCCCACAAUCCAUUUAUCCCAUUCCCACAAUCUAUCAAUCCCAUUCCCACUAUCUAUCAAUCCCAUUCCCACUAUCCAUUAAUCCUAUUCCAACUAUCCAUUAAUCCCAUUCUCACAAUCCAUUAAUCCCAGUCCCACAAUCCAUGAAUCCCAUUCUCACAAUCCAUGUAUCCCAUUCCCACAAUCCAUUAAUCCCAUUCUCACAAUCCAUUUAUCCCAUUCCCACAAUCCAUCAAUCCCUAGCCCACAAUCCAUUAAUCCCAUUCUCACAAAGCCUCUCUCCCAUUUCUCUCAAAAACCUUGUGAAAUUUUAACACAUCACCAUCCUAAUUUAAAAUUUUUCUAUCACUCUUUUUAGGUGGCCAACAGGGAGUUGACUUUAAAGCUGUGUAAUGACCGUUAGACCGAGUACAAGAAGAUGGAGCCGGGAUUUUCAGCACCCGUCAGAAACGCGAUCCAACUCCAGAGAGAGGUCUCACUCCAGGGAAAGAACCCGACAAAGGCUUUUAGAUACUUCCACAGAUUUAGCCAAGAUGAGGAACCGCAGCAGCAGAAUGCUGGAAAGUUCCCGGACGCUCUAUUCCAGCAUGUCUCGCAGUAUUGAACUAUCACUGGAUGAAAUUGAUGCUGCAAAAUUUAUCCAAGAGAGCUUCAAGAAGAGGGAAUGUGUGUUUUAUACAAAGGAUCCCAGGUCACCGGAGAGCCUUUGUAAGUGUGGAUACUCCAAGAGCCAGCACAUUGAGGGUACCCAAAGCAACCAGAAUGAGAAAUGGAACUACAAGAAGCACACCAAAGAGUUGCCAACGGACGCCUAUGGAGAUAUCCAGUUUGAGUCAUAUGGUAGGAGAGGGAAGUAUAUCCGACUUUCCCGCGACACCAGUCCGGAGACUCUAUAUGAGCUGAUGACCAAAUACUGGCAGCUUAAGACCCCAAACCUCAUUAUUUCUGUGACUGGAGGUGCCAAGAACUUUUCUCUGAAGCCACGAAUGCGAAAGAUCUUCAGUCGCCUCAUCUAUAUUGCACAAUCCAAAGGAGCUUGGAUUUUUACAGGGGGGACUCACUAUGGUCUGAUGAAAUACAUUGGGGAAGUGGUAAGAGAUAACACUAUCAGUCGGAGCUCCGAGGAGAAAGUCACAUCCAUCGGGAUUGCAGCCUGGGGGAUGAUCUCCAAUAGGGACACCCUGAUCCGCAGCCCAAACACUGAGGGCAAUUAUGUUGCUAAUUAUGUGAUGGAUGAGCAGAAGAGAGAUCCGCUAUACUGUCUGGACAACAAUCAUAGCCACAUGAUUCUGGUGGACAAUGGGUCGCAUGGACACCCAACUGUCGAAGCUGAUCUCCGUGCAUCACUGGAGAAGUACAUCUCCGAACUCAACGUGCCUGAUUCCAAUUAUGGUGGAAAAAUCCCAAUCGUUUGUUUUGCACAGGGAGGUGGAAAAGAAACACUAAAGGCUAUAAAUACGGCAAUAAAGAGUAAGAUCCCUUGUGUGGUGGUGGAGGGGUCUGGGCAGACAGCUGAUGUCAUUGCCAGCUUGGUUGAAGCUGAAGGAAGCACACUGGCCUCAUCCUCCAUUAAAGAAAAGUUGCUUCGGUUUCUUCCCCGCACAGUGUCCCGUUUAGCCGAAGAUGAAAUGGAAACCUGGAUACGAUGGAUUAAAGAGAUCAUGGAAAAUCUGCAUCUUCUAACAGUCAUUAAGAUGGAGCAGGCUGGAGAUGAAAUUGUGAGCAACGCCAUCUCCUUUGCUUUGUACAAAGCUUUCAGCACUAAUGAGCAGGACAAAGAUAAUUGGAAUGCUCAGCUGAAACUGCUUCUGGAAUGGAAUCAGCUAGAACUGGCCAGCGAGGAAAUCUUUACUAAUGACAGGCGCUGGGAGUCAGCUGACCUGGAGGAUGCCAUGUUUGCUGCUCUUGUAAAGGAUCGCCCAAAGUUUGUGCGUCUGUUGCUGGAGAAUGGCCUGAAUAUGCGCAAGUUCCUAAGCAGUGAGAUCCUCAGUGAGCUUUUCUCAGAACAUUUCAGCACCUUGGUCUAUCGUAACCUACAGAUUGCCAAAAACUCCUAUAAUGACUCUCUUCUCACUUUUGUGUGGAAGAUGGUUCUCAGCUACCAGCGCAGCCGUAAAGAGGAAAGAAAUAGCCGCGAUGACUCUGAGAUACAGGAUCUCUCACCGAUAAUAAAACAUCCUGUUCAAGUUUUGUUCAUAUGGGCAAUUCUGCAAAACAAAAGAGAGCUGUCAAAAGUCAUUUGGGAACAGACACGCGGAUGCACACUGGCUGCAUUAGGGGCCAGUAAACUCCUCAAGAGUUUGGCCAAAGUGAAGAACGAUAUCAAUGCUGCAGGGGAGUCAGAAGAAAUUGCAAAUGAAUAUGAAACUAGAGCUGCAGAGCUCUUCACUGAAUGUUACAGCAGCGAUGAGGAGCUGGCAGAGAUGCUCUUGGUCUAUUCGUGUGAGGCAUGGGGCAAGAGUAAUUGUCUAGAGAUGGCAGUGGAGGCAAAAGACCAGCAGUUUAUAGCCCAGCCGGGUGUUCAGAACUUCCUGUCCAAACAAUGGUAUGGAGAGAUCUCAAGAGACACCAAGAACUGGAAAAUUCUUCUCUCUCUCUUUUUCUUCCCACUUAUUAGCUGUGGCUUCAUCUCAUUCAGGAAAAAGUCAUCAGAAGGGCUGAAGAGUCAUCUAUGGAACUACUUUUCUUUUUUCACUUCUCCAUUUGUCGUCUUUUCAUGGUCGGUUAUUUUCUACAUUGGGUUCCUUCUGCUCUUUGCAUACGUUUUGCUCAUGAAUUUUCAACCAGCACCAACAGGACUGGAAAUCGCAGUUUAUGUACUGGUCUUUAUCCUGCUCUGUGAUGAGAUAAGACAGAUGUACAUGAAUGGAGUGAAAUAUUUCACAGAUCUCUGGAAUAUGGACAUUCUCGGCAUCCUUUAUUUUGUUGCUGGUUUUGUGUAUCGGCUUACUAAUGAUGCCAGUGCGCGAUACACCGGCAGAGUCAUUUUCUGUUUGGAUUACAUCAUCUUCACUGUACGGCUCAUUCACAUCUUCACAGUCAGCCGAAACCUGGGGCCAAAGAUCAUCAUGUUGCAAAGGAUGCUCAUCGAUGUAUUUUUCUUCCUUUUCCUCUUUGCUGUCUGGGUCAUUGCCUUUGGAGUUGCUCGCCAAGGGAUUUUGCGGCUCAAUGAGCAUCGAUGGGAGUGGAUAUUCCGUUCAGUUAUUUAUGAACCGUACAUGGCUGUGUUUGGACAAUAUCCAACUGAUGUGGAUGGGACCACCUAUGAUUUUGAACACUGCACCUAUACUGGGAAUGAGUCAAAACCUCUGUGUGUGGAGCUGGACGGGGAGCACCACCCUCGCUUCCCAGAGUGGAUCACUAUCCCGCUAGUGUGCAUCUACAUGCUCUCCACCAAUAUCCUGCUGGUCAACCUGCUGAUUGCUAUGUUUGGGUACACAGUGGGUUCUGUGCAGGAGAACAAUGACCAGGUGUGGAAGUUCCAGCGCUACUUCUUGGUGCAGGAGUACUGCAACCGUCUGACUAUCCCAUUCCCCUUUGUCAUCUUCGCUUAUAUCUUCAUGAUACUCAGGAAGAUAUUUGGAUGUUGUUGUAAAAAACAGGAGCCCCCGCCCGCACCUUGCUGUUCUAAGAAGGACGACAUUGAGACUUUGGCUUGGGAAGCUGUAAUGAAGGAAAAUUACCUUGUGAAAAUGACUAGCCAGACUCAUAACAGCAUGGAAAUGGAGAAUCAGUUUAAGCAGCUUGAAGGAAAGCUUAAUGACCUGAAGGCAUUGGUGAAAGAUCUUUUCAACAAGAUAAAGUGACCAUGUAAAGAAAGCUGCAGCUGUUGGAGCCUCUAUUCAGAACAUGGCCUGGUGAUCUGGCUUUUCAUACUGCCGAGCCCUGGGAUUGACUCAUCUCAAGUUUGCAUCUCUAUACAACUUGGUUUUGUGUUGCCAAUAAAUCAUCUUCCAGCAUAAUCUGUUUAUCUCUCAGUUCUGCCAUCAGAUCUCUUCCCAUCUGCAGUUCUGUUCAGUCCCAGUCUUGUUUCUUUAUUAACUCCAACACCAGCUGUUAAGACUAUUCUACAGUAUCUCUAUCCGACCCAUUUGUUGUAUGUUUCUUAUCUGAGUAUUAUCUGCAUGAAGAGCAUGUUCAUUCUCUCCCAUUAAACUUAUUUUGUUAAUAAAUCUAUUCUCUCUCACCACAGUUGACCCAAAUCUAGAUGUUUAGCCUCCAUGUUUUGCUUAUUAUUUUAUGUAUUCAUGUUACACCAGUGGCGUCACUAGGGUUGGUGUCACCCGGUGCAGUAAGUUAUGGUGUCACCCCCCCCCCCAGAAAGCAGACACACACAAAAACACAGGCAAACACACAUACAAACACUCAGACACACUUAAAACAUACUCAGAUGCUCACACAAACACUCGGAAACACACUCAGACACACACACAAAAACACACACACAAAAACACUGAGACACACAUACACACACACACAAAAACUCAGACACACACACACACACACAAAAACUCAGACACACACAUACAAAAUAUGUAAACUGCACUGCAUUAAUUAUAAAGCUCAUGCCUAGAGCUGCUCCCUGGAUCAGCAGAGUAUCAAAUGAAAGAUAAACAGAGCACUCUAAAAAUAAAUCACUAAAGAAAAGUUUUAGGUGCAAGCUAUGAAAAUUCUGCUCUCUGACUCUGUUCCAAGUCUGUCAGUGCACAGCCCCGGGCCGCGUGCCUACCGCUUCUUAUGGCCAAUCACCUCUGCACUCUGCCCACCCCCAGACCCCCGCCCGCCCUCCUACCUGUUCAGUGUGCACUUAGUGUACCGUAACCGUAAUGGUCUGGUGGGCAUCAUACAUGGCUCCUUCACUUUAAAGACAGUGUCAAACACUCAUGCGGUCAGGUGCCAGGCAUCCCCUCAUGAUUUGCCAGUUCCCGUUUAGAGAGACAGCACAGCAGUGAGUGACUCCACUGCUCCACAUGUCACUGAGCAGUGAGCACAGAUAGGCAGGCAGGUUUAGGCUAGCAGCGCAACUUUGCAAGCCCCACAGCAUGCCCACAACAUUCAUAGCGAAAUUGGGCAGGGAAGAAGCAAAGUACAAACAAGCAAAAGCAGCCGGGAAAACUAUUUGUUGAAAUUGCAGCACUGGCUCAAGGGGCAAAAAAAUUGUGUGUCUACAUCUUCCCCAGUCCCACCAAUGUUCACAAAUGCCAGCCCCUCUAAUAAAAAAAAAUCUAUGCAUCUCAACAUUGUAUUUCUUUGAAUUUCAAUAAAAUGUAAAAAAAAAAAAAAAAAAAUUUUUGGUGUCACCCCCUGGUGGGUGUCACCCGGGUGCGGCCCGCCCCCGCCCCCCCCCCUAGUGACGCUACUGUGUUACACAUUUCCAUCAUUCUGUUAGUAUGUGAGAGAUGAGGGUUGGGAGGAGGUGAGAUACUUUUGCCUUAGGUGGACCAUCCAUGGUUAUAACACCUAAGACCAUACAGGGUGAGAUGAGCCAUCACUGAUGUUUGUGGUGUGUUUGCAUAUCAUAAAACAGUGUUGAAUAAAACAACUAAUAAAUAAA